GUGUAAACGGGGCUUUAGCCAACAGAUACCUCGCGUACUGCUUCCUAAGAGUGUUGUCGGUUAACUACCCUUUGGAACGGGAGUCAAUAGAGCAGUUUUCGUAGUCGGUUGCAUAAGACGCUUGCCUUGCCGUAACCUUGACGUUUUUAUUUUAGAAUUUUGAUUGAGGAUUUUUUUUCUCGCGCAUUGUGAUUGGUCUGACAGUGCCGUGACCUUGGCGUAACUGUAGCCGCGCCGUGUUUAUGCCGCGUUUCAGGAAUUUGAUCGGACAGAGAGUAAAUUCUCGUAUAAUUUUGAUUGGGCUGACGUAUACCUCACCAUGUCACGACCGCGAUCGUGCCGUGAGCUUUCCAUAGUCACACCAAAUGAGCUUGAAGAUGAGUCGACAGUCCACAGAUCUCUGCCGUAGAGUAACCUUACAUUGUUGUCGGCAACGUGCUCAUCAUGAGGGGUGUUUCAUACACAGCCGUUUUCCUUUGCCUUUUGAUAGCGUCGAACGAGUUUGGACCUGCGCGCUUCAUGCGUAUAGAGUCACCAGUGCCUCGACUGUCAAAGAAGUCGAAUAAAAGUUACUUUAAAGGAGAGGACAAACACACCAACCAUAAUGAGUACCGCCGAUCUGUCAUCGAAAAGCGCUCAUUGCGUACUACAAUUUUCAAAGUGGUCAAAUUCGGAUCCGACUUUGUUAACAAAGUCACGACAUUAGCGAGUAUGAUUUCAACAGUUUAUCUACUCAUCGAGCAAUGCUGUGGCGGGAAAUGGAAAGAUGUGUGCGUUUGGAAUAAGGAGGUUGACAACAUUCAACAGGAGUUGGAUGCUAAACAAAAGAAAAUUGACGAAAUGCAACUCGAAAGUAUGUACCCUUUGAUGUAUUUGUAACAUGUUUGUUCAACCUUCUUCCGAAGUAGUUAGCUGAAAAUUAAAAGAGAAGAAUCAAUUGAAAAAUCCAAUAGUGAAUUGAAUACUGCAU